AUGAAUGGCAAAUGGGAUUGUGGAGCUCUUUGUCAAGGUGAAACCUCGCAACUUCAAAUCCUAUCCCUCAUCAAAAGCGAUAAUACAAUCACACACGGCUCUUCUGUUGGGAUGGUGGCUUUGCAGCAUCGAACUAGAUCAAUUAUUGUUACAUUUCGUGGUAUGAUAUUUCCAGGGGACUGGGAUAGAAACCAUCGGCUGGUUCGCAUAGACUUGGAGAAAUAUCGUUUAAAAAAUAGAGCAGUGGAUAUUCCCAAAGAAGCAAAGAUACAUGAAGGAUUUCUUAAAGCAUAUAUGAAGCUGCGUGAUCAAGUGAAUUGGUCACUUCAAAUAGCUUUAGGCUUGUAUCCCGAGUAUAGCAUAUUUUUUUCUGGGCAUUCACUCGGAGGAGUUGCUGCAACUCUUGCAGCAAUAGACUCUGCAGUGUAUUUUGGCAAUGAGAUUACCAAUCGGAUACAUCUCUUUACUUUUGGAUCGCCGAGAAUAGGCAAUAAACAAUGGGCCACAUGGGUGACUGAAAUUGGGUUGGCCAGUGUGUAUCGUGUUGCUCACAUCAGCGAUCCAGUACCCCAUAUGCCCUCCUCGAUCAUGGGGUAUCAGCAUAUAUCUAGCGGAACAAUUAUACUUUCAGACAAGACAAAUGCAUUGUGUACCACACUUGGCAAUCCAAGAGAUUCAGCCAAAUGUAUGCAGAUCGCACUCGUAAAUCCUGACCCCAAAGUCCACGUCUCGGGUUACUUUUGGCCAUCGUAA